AUGAAGAAACAAGUCUGGAUUUUAGUUGCUCUUCUUUUGCAUACUAUUUUGUGUUUAAUUCCGGGCAAUGUGCUAGAGGCGUUGGCCGUCGAUCCAUUGGAGUUGUGGUCGUUGCAUGCGGCCAAUUUGUAUGUUUUGCAACCCACAGUGAGCAAUGAGGCAAGAGAUCUAACGCCGCUUAACAGUGCCGACCAACUAAUAACCUCAAAUUGUACUUUUCCCGACGUAUAUACGGAAGGCAGUAGGCAAAGCGAAAAUUCAAAGGCGCUACGGGAUGCCAUGGUACUGGUGAAUCUCUCAUCCUUUCUACAACCGAGCAUCCCCAUCGAUAUUUUCGAUGGACCUCAUACCCCACGCGGUAUGGGUAGUAGAGUUCGGACUGAUGCGAAGAAAAAUGCGGAAGGCCCCCCCUCCUCCACCUCCGAUGUGGGUGCCUUCCUCACCAAACCGUUUCUCCUCUCUGGCCGCCUUCACACGGGCCCCUUUUGGGGGAGGAAAACCCCCGAGGAUCCCCCAAACACGCAGAAAUCCCUCGACGAUGAAACAAACCGCAUUGCUCGGAUUUCUGUUUUCGCGGGUGAAACAACCGGAAAGCUUUGCUUUGAUCUCAGCCUCUACGACGCCGAGGCGGACUUCCGCACGCUCGCCGGGGCUCUCCACACGUGGGUUUCCCCGCACUGCUCCAUGCGGCUGGACGAUUUCCUCACGGAGGCCCUCGACCCCUCUUUGUUCGCCUCGCCUGAGGUUCUUUUCGAAGAGAUUUCGCGGGAGGGCGGCGCGCGGGAUCCGACGGGAUCGCCUUGGUGGGCGGCCUGCGAACUCGCCUCCGUCUCGCGUUUCGAUUUCGACUUCCCCCUCGCAAUCAAAACGAAAGAAAAAGGGGGAGGGCUUUGUGAGGAGGUGGAGGCUUCGCUUUCGAAAGGCAGGCAACGGGAACUGCGCUGCGGGUUUCGCCUCGUCGUUCGGUUUCGCCCCGCCCUUCGGUCCCUUUCGGAGCGGGAGAAGGCGGAGGCCGUGCUGAAGAUCGCCGCCGUCGUGUCGAUGCCGCCGAGGAAGAUAAACCAGGAGCUGAACGACUCUUUAAUUCGGCAAUUUUCCCCCUCUGAAGGGAAUUUCAGCCCUGAUAGCCCCUCAAGCGCGCCGGCAGGGGGUGGGGAAGCGGCGCGAUUACGGCGCUGCAGCAGCCUCGCACUUUCCGAUCAAUUUUGGAACCUCACUGGCUCCUCCUGCACGCCCUCCUUGAGGGUCUCCUACCGAGUGAAGGCGGAGGUUUUGGAGGACGACGGAACAGGAAAAACGCAGCUCUAUCUGGUUCUUAUUUUCUGCUGUUGGUUGAGCUUGAUUAGUUAUUUAUGUGCGCAGUUCAUUGCGAGCAUGUACAGUCGGGUGGAGCUCACCUGA